UGCAAUUGAUAAAACUAAUUGAGGAAACGAUAAAGCAAUUCACUACUGAUAACAACAAAACAUAAGUUUAUUUUCUCACCAGAUAUUAUUUAUAUGUAAUAUACUAAUGCACAAGUUGCAUUUCACAGAAGGAACUGCUUUAAAAUGCUAUCUAUCUGUACUUUUGUGUUCUUUUCUAUCAUUUAUGGAGCCUCUGGACAAGUAUUCACGCUCCCGAAUAAUUCCAUAAGCCUUUCUCAAGGUCAUAAAGGUAUUGUACUACUCCAUAAUGCAGGAGAAAUAUUGCCAUUAAUUCAAAGUAUUUCAGAAGCAGAUGCUGUAAAUAUUUGUCAUUCCAAAGGAUACUUCCAUGGAAGUCUUCUGAAUGAUGAAAUCUUGAUUAAAGUUGACAAAAAUAUCACUACAUGCAGUCAUAAGCUCGUAUGCAGAAAAUGGUAUCCGGUUACAUGCACCUACGAACAGCGAGCCUGUAAUGACACCAGUUUUGCUAAAGUGAGAUGUGUAAACGAAAUAUAUCGAGUGGAUGGUGGAGGCAAAGAUCAUGGAGAAUUACAAGUGAAAAUGUAUGGAAGAUGGGGAAGAGUAUGUUCCCGUUAUUUUGAUCAACAUGCAGCAAGACUUGCCUGCCGUGCAGUUGGCUAUGAAGAAGGCGUGGUGUCAAAAGAGGCAUAUAAAACAACUAUAAGUCACAAUUGGCUUGGUGAUAUGAAGUGUCCUCAAAUUGCAAAACAUAUCCAAGACUGCACAAGUGUUAUCAGAACUACUUGUUACAAGAAAAUCGGUAUCAGAUGUUUUAACUUAAAAGUUAGGCUGACUUCAGGCUCUCAACCUCAAAAGGGGACUGUGGAAGUAUUAUUUAAUGGACAAUGGGGAGGAAUUUGUUACAUAAAUGAUACCCACAUUGGAACUGUUCUGGCUCGAAUGAUGGGUUACACAAAGGGUACAAUAUAUCCAGUAACCCCAACACUCCCGCUUCUGAAACAUUCAAAGUGUAAUGGAGACGAAUCUUCACUGGCUGGAUGUCCAAGCUUGGUUUGGAGCACAGCUUGUGCACCAAACAAAAUCAUUGGUAUAACUCUUUCCAAAGAAUUCGGUUUUACCCCUAUGAAUCAAUAA